AUGAUACCUGACUCGCGUGCCGGCGACGGAGAAAAUGUUUCUUUGGGGCGGACAGGGGGCCCGCAUUCCAGGCGCAAGGGUGAUUUAGAAGUGGACACUGAAGGAUAUUCUUCGGAUAUCCUGCAAUGGCUAUUGGCGUUUGCAGAGAAAUCAGGCGACUUGACAACUGGUAGGGCACCGGUUUCUGCGUUGGUCCUGGCGAAUGGGCAAGUUCAGGGCGACAUGCAAGCGGACCAUCGUCAGCUUUGUGACAAACUUCGCCGCACGGUUGCCAUCUUUAGCGGCGGACCAAGCAGCACAGCUACUGGCAGUCUAUGGCAUCUUACAACCCUGCCCCUUCUGGCCCAUCGCGAGGCUGUUGGCGCUUUAGUCCUGGUAGGCCAGCUGGACUUUCCGGUGGCCAACCCAAGCCUGGACGGACUACAUGCAAGGGCAGCGCUGGAAGCGGCUAAGAUUCCUCUUAUAAAGGCCACAGCUGAACUGGCGGACGAGUUCUUCGCAACGCCAGCCUCGCUCGCCUGCGCGCAGAAUGUACGUACGUACCCGAGGACAGGUUACGGGGUGGUCAACCUACCAGCAGGUGUCAGGGACAAGAUCUCCCAUGCUAGUUUUCCAGGCACCAAGCAGCACGGGGUCGCGGCGCUAUUGGCGGCGGUUUGGACUGCGCCCGAUCAUGCGGCAGCAGUGCGCAAUGCAGCAUUGCAAAUUCACGCGCUCCUCCCCAGCAUCACCAUCCCCACGACCAACACCGCCGAGCCGUCCUCACAGUCAGCACUCCCCACGGUGGCAGCUGGAGCAGCUGCGACAUCAGCAACGCCACACAUGCUGCCGCACGAGGCACCGCAACCACAACCGCCGUCACCACAGCAGCAGCAGCAGCAGCGACUCGUGGUGACGACUGGCCUAGUAAUUUCCCGCGCGGCAACAUCUCGCUCCUGUGCGGCAAGUAUCAACAUCCCUGCCAACGGCACCACAUCAACCCUUUCCACAACGACCACUAACACCACAACCACUGCCGCCCAGAUUAACAACGUGACGAACAGCAGCAGCAGCAGCGCUGUGCACACGGCUCCCUCGACCCUAGCUGGCCCUGUGCUGCACCUCUACCACAGCUCCAGCGGCAGAUCGAACACAACCUUGCCGGCUGCUGAAACCCUCGUCACACGCGCCCCGAUUCAAGCAGACGUGCUUGCCGCGAUGCUGAGCGAAGCUCUGGCAGCGCCCGUCAACAGCGCAGCGCUGGCGGCGGCGCAGGCGCGGGGAGCCCAGGCCAGCGGCGGCGGCGGCACCGCCGCCGCCAUCGCCGCUGGCCGGACAGGGAGUGUGAUGGGGCUGCCGCAACCGCCACCACCACCACCGCCGCCGAAGCAGCAAAGGCAUCAAAAGCUUCUCGCCCUGCGAUGUCCCGAAGACGAGCUUCCGCCCUCUCAACCGCGUGCUGACCUUGAAGCCCUGGAGGCGGCCGGUGCCCGUGCGCCGCGUGGCUCUGUGGUGAUGGUUUCCUGUCCCUUGCCCAGCAUCAUGUGCACUGUGGUCGUGUACGUGUGCGUCGCGCCGCCACAGCAGGCGGUUGCUACGGCGACGGCAGCCGCCUGUCCAGCCGCAGCGGCAGCCGCCGCGAGCUGCCGCCAGGCCACCGCGACGCCCGGUGGGACCGCCCUCUUUGGGGGAUCUGGGAGUAAUAUCAAUCCUGCUAACCAUGGCGCGGCGCUACAGCCGCCCGGUUCCGCUCCCGUUCCGUGCGGGCCGUCCUCCUGCUGUAUGGCACAGCUGCCCCAGGCACAGCUCAACCUGAUCCUGAGGCACCUGAGCAGCGCCGUGGAGAUCAUGGCCAGCGCACUGGAGCAGCGGAUGCUUUCCAGCUGCGCUGCAUCCCCCCAGGCGCGAUUGGGCAGCAAGGGUCCGUGCGCUGUGGACGUCACCGCUAGCACAACGGGGCUUCUGACGGUGUCAAUUGCUGGCACGGAUGCGGGCGAGGACUCUAACGGCUUCUGGGGGAGCGCCAGCGGGCCUAUCCUCAGCGGCGAAACCAUCGCCACCUCGCAGCUAAGCGCCAACACUGCCAACAUCCCCACGAGCCAAUGCAACAGCCACAGUGCUGGCUGCACCUCCUCCAGCCACGGAGGCCAAACCCGAGCUCUUCAGAAGGCCAUGAAUAUGGACGUUAAGGCAGCGGCAGCAUUGCCACCACCGCGGGCGUGGGUGUCGGCGGCGGCAAACGUCGCUGUUGCCGCCGCGUCGGCACCCAGUCCCUUGACACCGAGCAUCUUUACAGUGCCUGAGGUCACUGGAUCUGAAGCCCUGACGGCUGGGCCUUCGCUGGCGAAGCUGCCCAGCACGGCGAGGCGGCAGGCCGCGGCCAAGGCGACAGCGAGCGAUACGGACGUGUUGGAGGACACUUCCGCGGAGGCUACGGAGGGUACAGCAGCUGCGGCGGCCACCACGACGGCCGUCGCAGCGGCGGGAGUCGCCUCCGGUGUCCAAGGAGCCAGCAGCUCCGCCGCCGUCUAUUGUUCCAGCACCAGCGGUUCCUCCGGAGUUGAAACCACCAUUAAUGCCCUUGCUCUUGGCCAGAUGGACAGUCCCUGUCUCGGCGGCUUAUCGGCUUCAUCCUUCGCGCCCGGUGGUGGUGGCGCGCAAGCGGCGGCCUCGCCUCCUAGCGGUGGCCCGGUUGCUACUGCUUCUGCUACUGAUACUGAUACGAUUUCUGUAUAUGAUGCGCCAAACGCCGGAUUAGCUGCUGUCUUGCCUGUUGGAGGUGCUGCCACUGCGUCGGCGGUGCCGCCGCUGCUGCCGCCGCACGGCGCAGGUUCUUCCAGUAAGCUGCUGCUCGCAGCGGCGGCGGGCCUGGUGCUGCCACCGGCUGCCGAGAAUGCGAUUCCGCUGCUGCCUGCCAGCACCGGCGCAGCAGCAGCAGUAGCUGGAGGCGCCGGCUGCAGCGGUCGCGGCGGCGGCCCGGCAUCUAGCAGUAGCGGUGACCGCAUGUCACGUGUGAUGGUGCGCAAUCGAUCCAAGGACUGGUCCGACCAAUCUAGUGAACCUGAGGGCGCCUUGGACUGCAGGUUUUCGCUGACGGGCGAAGUGGGGGCUGCUGUUACUGCCGCCGCGGCGGCGCGGCGGCGGCCUAUGAAGGUGCUGUCCUUGGACAAGGCCGCUCAACAGCUGCAGCGAUCCUCGGGCUCAUCGCUGGCUAUGACCAUGCAACCCGCCCUGCCACCGCCGCCGCCGCUGCUACAGCUGCCCCCAGCACUGCAACAGCCGCUACCGGAUUAUGCCCCUUACCAGACCCUGCAAAGUGUCAUGACGUGCGACAGACGGGGGCAGUCCGCGGGCGGCUCUGCGGCGGCGGCUGCUUCCGCGCCGCCGCCACCGUACGUGCCGUACAUGCCACGCCGACUGAACCGCAUGUACCUGCAACCCGCAGCCCUGUUCACGUCCAACUCCAGCGCAGCAGCUGGCGGCGUGCCGGUAUCUGCCGCUGGCGUGGCCGCAAAGGCAACGCUGCUUGGCGGACCGUACGGUACCGUCUUGGUGCCUCCGCCGGCGACUGCAGCGGCGGCGGCAGCGGCGUCAACGACGACGUCGCUGGCACAGCUGCCGCUGCAUCUAAAGCAGCAGCACGUCCAGCUCACCGCGCGCGCAGUGGGCCGCGUCGGCGACGCCGCUGCCGCGGGGUCGCGGGCGGCCGCCGCCGCCGGACAGUUCAGUCUCUUUGCCUCCGUUGCCGCCAAUGGCGCUACACACGGAUCCACAUCGAAUGCUACAGCACCCUCAGGGCGUUCCCUUCCUACGGCAGUAGCAGAUCCCAGUUCAGCAGCAGCAGCAGUAGAUGCAACUCCCUCGCCACUUUGGCCGUCAGCAGGAUUAUUCUUUCCCGCGCAGCAGCUGCAGCAGCAGCAGGAGCGUACGGUGCAACCUGCGUUUGCGGCCACCGUGGCGGCGGCCCGCGCCGCAAGUGCGGGUGCGGGCGCUGAGUGUCCCACCCAAGCCCCCGGUGGCAGCCAAAAGAGCCGCCAGCUCAGCGACUACGCCAUUCCUGAAGAUGCGCCCCUGGAGUAUACGGUUUCGGAGACGGUCCAGAUGAUGCGGAUGCUGGCGCAGGCACGUGGCGUGCACCUCUCAUCCCGCAUGCGCCGUGUGCGAGUGACGGCCAAGAUUCAGUCCGCCCACCCCGACACGCUGCCGGCGGACCUGCCAUCCCAGAUUGCCCAGGCGGCGCUGCUGGCGCCUCACGCUGGCACUGCCGCUGCUGGCGGCGGGGGCCUGUUUGCUGACCGCCCGCGGGGGGGGAAAUCUCCUUGGGUUUUGACUGCCGUCGCGGCGCGGCGUGGCUGCGUGGAGCUCGUGUUUGACGUGGUCCAAGUUCGCGGCGGCGGCGGCAGCGGCAUGAUGAGCAGCAGCGGCAGCCAGCCUCAUGGCCUAGCGACACAGAGCCCGGUCCCUGGCCAUGCAACUUCCCGGGUCGCGUCUGGUGCUCAGUCCAACCAACAUGCCCUCGGCUUCACGGCGGCGGCACCGACGGCGGCGCAGCCGCAUGCGCAUUGCCGGCCGGGAAGUAGUGGCUACCGCCGAUGGCAAGGCGGCGGCAUGGACUUGUUAUCGGAUCCGCUGCGGCUGCGGGUGGAACCUGAGGAUGUAUCAGAGCGGCUGGCGGCGAAAAGCCCGGCGGCGGCGGGGGCAGCGGCGGUUGGGGAGCAGCUGUGGCUGCGCCAUGCAUGCGGCUUGCGGCCGGAGGCCGUCGCGGAAGUACUGCACAGUUGCGGUUUGUUGAAUCCCGCCAGUGACCCGUACGUGGAUAUUCAGAUCGGGCACACAUCCGCGGGCGUUGGGACGCUGGUGUGGCAUGAGGCAGCGGGGCAGUGGGUGAUGUCCGCCGGUUCCGCUGCCGGCGGCGCGCCGGCAGCGGCGACGGCCGCCGCCGUCACCUCCGCCGGCAGUGGCGGCGGCGGCGGCACCGACAUAACCACCGGAUCCGACGACAGCUCCCUAGAAGCACCGACGCUGUGGCUGCCAAGCUCCGUGACGCUGCUGGCCCCUGGGUCUCGCGUCCUGAAGGACAUUCGCGUUGUGUCCACCUCGGGCAGCUGCGGCGGCGGCGGUGGACGCCUCGGCGGUGACGUCAUCGACGAAUGGACGGUUCGCUCUGCGUAUGGCUACCUUCCGGCCCGCGUUGCUGCGGGGCUGCGCAUGCACGCCGGAGGCGCCGCCGGCAGCGGCAGUUCUGUCGUGCCGCUGCCGCUGCUGCUUGAGGACGAUCCUGUGGCGGAGGCGCUGGCUGACGGCGCCUGCAUCUGGAGGCUCAUGGAUAUUGGCGGGCCGCUGCCGCGUAAUGGCGGCCUUCUGCUGGUGGAGUGCCGUCGUACACUCGCCGCAGCCACUGCCGCGGCGGACCGCAGUGCUCCGGUGGGAGCGUCGCUCGUGGACCCGGCGCUCCCUGCCGCCGCCGCGGCAGUAGUAGGCGCAGCCCCGGCCGCCGUCACGAGCGUGCCGGUACCGCUGCUGGUGCUACCGGAGCGGCACGCCGCCGCGGCGGCGGAGUUGGAGCGAGUGCGCGUGUAUAUGGCACGAAUGUUGCUCGGGUCGGAGAACGUCCUGCGUGCCGCCAGCAGUACGCAGCACGCCGGGGACGCGUCAGCGGCGGCGGCGGCGGCGGCAGCGCGCGCAGAGGCGGCGGCGCAGGUCGAAAUGGCCUGCCAGCAGUUCCUAAUGGAUAUAGGCGUACUGCUCGACGCGGCAGCCAGUGCCGCUACCCCCACCGCCGCGGCGCCCGUGGCAAUGGCCCCGUACACGAGAACGACCGCGCCGACCUUGGGAUCAGCUCCUGGGCCUAGCUCCUGUCCCCAUCCGGGUGUGUCAUCUACUAGCGGCGGUGCUGGAGCGGGUGGCGGCGGCAUUGUACCUGGCGGCGGCGGCGGCGCCGACGCAUCAAGCGGCACCGGCAGCGGCCUCCGUCCGCCGCCGCACAGCUUUGACGAGCCUCGAUCUGCAUGCCAUGUCAAGAGGCAACAGCUUGUGGACCUGCAAAUAAGCCCAGUGUGCACUACCGACGUUUUCUCUUCCACACCGUCAUGCAGCUCUCCGCUGACGCUGCUGGGCGGCUGUGGCGCGGGCCCUGGCAGCGAGCGGCUGGUAGGAUGGACCAGCGAGCCGGUUGGUGGCGGAGGCGGCGGAGGCGCCGCCGCUGACGCCGCCGCUGACGCCGCCGCCGUCGACGAUAUCUGGAGCUUCUCCAAGGACAUGAAGGCUUUGAUGCGGGCGCAUCGUGUCGAUCCCGGCGUUGGGUCUAACGUUACAAUUGGGCCCGUCAGCAGCGGCGGCGGCGGCGGUGGCGGAAGCGCCGCCGGUGCUGCUUCCGCCGUCAUCGUCGGUGGCGGGUACGGCUUUACGGAAUUCGGCGAGCACUUGAUGGAUGUGGCCUGUACUGCACUGGCGGGCUGCUGUGCCGCAGGUAUGCAUGCCACGGCGGUGAUGGUACUGCACGCCGCGUGCUGGGAGCUGUCUCUGGCAGCGCCGGAGGUGUUGCUGGCGGAGGCUGGAGCCGACCCACGGGUCAGACUGCAGUUGCUGUCGUCGUAUACUGCCCGCUGCCAGAAAAGCCCCCCCAGGGAUGGCGUCGGCCGCAACGCUCCGGCCACCGCCGCCGCCACCGCCACCACAGGCCCUGCCGUCACCUUGCCAGCAUUGGGCACGUGCUUGGCCAUGGACGGUCCCGUCGGCCUGGGUGCCGCCGCCGCUGCCGCUGUUGCUACUGGUUCUACUAGUAAGGACCCAGACGAGAGCAUAACGCUGGACACCGCCGGCAUUGGCGCUGCCGUUGCCGCCGCCACUGGCGGCGCCGAAGCUGCGUCGGAAAGCUGCGUCUUUGCCCGUACUCCUGUUCGCCUCAGCCGCAGCGAACCAGAGUGGGGCCUCACUGCAGACGAGCAUGCGGCGGCGGCGCCGGUGGCGGCGGCCAACAGUACGCUCAGUCGGAGCCACAGCCACAGCCUGGCGAUGAUGUUGGUGGGCGGCCCCACCAGCCCGCUGGCCAUGCAGGUGCGGAUGGGGGACGAGGCGAUAUCUGGCAGUAGUGCGGAGUUCAUGGGCUGGCAUCAGGUCCCUGCCGGGAAUAGUACGGCAACGGAGCCAGGCGGGGGAUCUCUACGGGAAGAUGGAAAUCCAGACUCCCGACAGUACGAGCAGCAGCAGCAGCAACCGCCGUCGCUGCCGCCGCCGCCACUGCAGCAGCAACUGUAUGCCAUGACGGGCAGGUCCAUCCAAACCGACGCCGCGGCGGCGGACGUUGCCGCCUGGCAGGCGGCGGCCGCAGCAGCGGAGGCAGUGCGGACGUUGUCGCCGAAUGCGACGGCGACGGGAGGAGGGCGUCAGCAGCACGAUGAGGAGUACGACGACGCGCGCCAGCAGGCGCUGUUGUUGUUGCCGCCGUCGCCGUCGUCGCCGUCCUCCUCUUCAACCCCGCGGCACCAGCAGCUCCGGUCUCGCGCGAUAACGGUGAGUGAGAUGAUCGCCCAGCAGGGGGCCACAUACUCAGCGGCCUCCAACAUGUCGGCUUGUAGCACCUGGGGCAGUGCGGCGGCGGCGGCGGCGACCGCCGACGCCAGCGUCGGCGCCGGCGUCGGCUCCGAACAGAGCAGGCCAGGGUCCAACGUUUCGACCUCGACGAACCUCACGGCCGGGGGAGCGCCGGCCGGGGCGGCGACGACAUCGGAUGCCGGGGAGGCGUCUAGCUUGACCCAGUCCGUCUCCGCUUCCGUUUCCGCUUCCCCAGCGGAUGUAGCAAACGGGUUUCCUGAGCUGACACUACCGCGGUUGCUAGGACGGCCGUCGGGCGCUGCAGCGUCGGCAGCGCCACCUCCGUCAAUGCCUCCGGCGGCGGCCGCUGCGCGGAUUGAGGAAACAGCUUCAGCUCGGCAAGUGGCGGAAGUGGUGGAGGAGAAGGUGGAUAUGGACGUUUGCGGCGGCAAGCAGGGAAGAGGUGCGGCACCGGCACCGGCACCGGCGCCAGGACCACCGGCCUCGACGCUACCGGCGUUGACGCCGCCUCGACCCCCUCGCCGCAACGGCCGCGGCCGGUGGGGCGCUGCUGCCGGCAUCUUGUGCUUUUUAGAUCCUGCUGUCGAGGCGGAGUACAUGCAGUUCGUGGCGCUGCGGACGUGUAGCAUCAUGUGGUCUUACUUUGCCUGGAAUAUGGUCACCAGCGCUGUCAGCUGCACACGGGCCUGGAUGGAGGACGGCAUGGCGGGCUGCCUGUCGCUGGUGAUCUUCUCCGGCAUGCAGGCCGCCGUCGUGGGCUGGUACUGCAUAGCGCACGGGGCGCGCGACGCACAUGCUAUGGUGGCUUGCGCGAUCGGCUGCAAGGCCGUUCGCAUGCUGGCGGAUGCGCUGAUGGGUGCGGGGGUACUCAAGGUGCCCUCGCUAAUGGAGCCCAUGAUCAUGCGUGGCGUUGAGAUGUGGACGGAGGUCCUUAUGAGACCGACGACUGAACGGGUACCCUUCGCGAUUUACUGCCUGAUGGCGUUGCUGGAAAUUCCUUGCGUGUGGCUGAUCUACUGCCGCUUCCGAGCCUUAUUCCCGAGGUAUUGGCUCCGGAACUAUCCCCUGAUUCGAGCGCUCGUCCACCUCGUGCUGACGGGGCUCGUGAAUGCGCUGACGGAGCUGUACUGGAGGCGGGCGUUUCGGCAAUGGUCUCGGAGCGUGGCGUCCCUAGGCGGCGGCGCUGGUGGUGCACCCUGGCGUGCCGCUGCUGGUGCGCUUGCCAGCGGAGGCCACGGCACGGCCGGCGCUGCGAUAGAGCACGGCGCUGCUGUUGGUGGGAAGAUGCAUCGUAAGGAGGAGUAA